AUGGAAAACAUUUCAAUGAAUCAUAGCAGAUCAUAUCCACCUUGUCCACCUUUGGAUACCAAUUCCCUCGAUAUUUCUCGUAGCCUUUACAGCAACGACUUCGUCAUGACUUUCAUCAUUAUCAACGCCGUACUUGCUUUUAUUUCUUCAUGCAACAAUUUUGUAAUUAUUUGCACUAUAGCAAGAACAGCAUCCAUUCAAGUUCCUUCCAAUAUCCUUGUUCUUGGCUUAGCCAUAUCUGACUUUGGCGUUGGCGUACUUGCACAGCCUGCAUACAGCAUCUUUAAGUUCUUCGAGAUAAAGCGUUCUGUUUCUCUUUACUGUACGUUUGGUUUAGUUUACUUCUACAGCAUUUGGACUCUUGCAACUGUUUCCUUUUUCACUUUAACAGCUAUCACAGUAGAUCGAUUCCUGGCCGUCCAUCUUCAUUUACGAUACCAUGAACUUGUCACAAUCAGAAGAUAUGGCAUCCUUCUUGGGUGUAUUUGGGUCAUUGGUCCAGUUGUUUGUAUUUGCCGAAUGCAGCUGUACUAUAUUUCAUUCUUCCGAGUUAUUUUAUUUCUCUCGCUUGUAUUUUUAAUAACAUUGAAUCUUUAUUUCCUCGUGAAAAUAUUUCAAGUCAUCCGCCGGCACUCAUUGCAGAUUCAAGCCCAACAGCAAUCAGUACAACAGUCUAUAGACAUGCCCAGAUACAAGAAAUCUGUCAAUACCAUGUACUUUGUGAUUAGUGCGUUCUUGGUGUGUUAUGUCCCAUAUGCAGGAACAAUGAUUGUCCAUAGUGAUAAUGUUAAGAUAACACAGAACAAGUUGAUGUUGGUGGUGGUUACAGAGACGCUUUUUAUGUUGAAUGGAGUGUUGAAUCCAAUCAUUUACUUCUGGAGAAUCCAGGAAAUACGUCAUUCGGCCUUUCAAUUGUUUCGAAAACGUUUCAGCAAUGUGCAGGCAUAAAAGAAGAGCUGUU